UCAGUGGAGAAAGAUAAUGCCAUAAAAUGAGAAGAAAAGAAAAAUCUCUUACUUCUGUUUCAGCUCUCUCUCUCUCUCUCUCUCUCUCUCACACACACACACACACACACACACACACACACACACACACAACACACGCAUUCAGGCACCUGCUUUACCAGUGGUGACCAAAAUUCUGGUUUUCAAACUCGAAUUACAUCACUUGGGUUUGGCUUUUUAAAGAAAAGUUGAUUCCCUUUUUUAUCACAAAAGAGAAAAGAAGCCAUAAAUUUCUGUUGAUUUCGAGUAUAUUUAGAGGAGAAAAGAUCCAAUUUUUUUCUUCUUCAUAUUUCCUGCCUCACAAAACGCCAUGCCCUUUUCCUUUCUCUUCGCGUGAAUUAAACGUUGUUUUUGUUAUCAGAAACUCCUUCUCUUCUCAUCCAAGUUUUUUCCUCGUUCGCUUUCACACACAGCACACGCAGAAAGCGUAAUUCGCUGGGAUUAGCUUCGAAUUACGAAAACUGGGUGCAUGUCAUUUUCCCAGCAAAGAUUGAGAAAAGAUUGAAUGUUGGGAAUGUGAGUUGUUUUUGUGAUCUUUGAUUAGAAAAGUUUUGGGUUUGUGGGUUUGCCCAUAAAAUCUGAUGGGUGAGAUUUUUUUUUGAAAAAAAUCCGGGCUUUGGUGAGAGAAAGAUUGGAAUUUUGGGGUUUUUCCGGUGAUCAGAAAUCUUGUUGAAAGAUUGAAUUUUGAGGGAAAAAGGAAAAAGAAAAAAAAAGAAGAAGUGGAAUUUGAUUAAGACUUGCGGUUUAUGCUAAUGGUUUGUCCAAACGUCAAAGGGUAGUAAUCUUUGUUUCUUUAAGACCAAUUUCCUCUCUCUCCUCUCACAUAGAAAGAGAAGGAAAAUCCCGUCAAUUUCUCUCUUCCUCUCCUCGUAAAAUCCUUUUGUUUUUCCCUUCCUCUGUUUUUCUCCCUCCCUUGUGUGCCAACUUUCAAAAAGAGUUUAGGAGAGAGAAUCGCAGCAAAUUCUCUCUCUUAAUCAUCUCGCCGUGUUGAAGGGAAAAUCAUGUUGAUCUUCGACAAGGUUUCAAUGCAGACAACAAACCUCGAAAGCUUCUUGGAUUGCACAACGCCCCUCGCCCCAUCUCAGUUCCUCCCCAAGAGUGAGACAAGGAAGCUUAAUAGGCUGUGGCAUCCAUGGGAAAGGGAAAAAGUUGACUAUUUUGUUCUUGCUGAUCUUUGGAAUAGCUUUGAUGAAUGGAGUGCUUACGGCGCCGGAGUUCCGAUCGUCUCCGACGACGGCCAAAAUCUCAUCCAAUACUUCGUGCCUUACCUCUCUGCAAUCCAGAUUUUCACCAGCACUUCAUCUGCAAACUGUUUGAGGGAAGAGUCUGAUUCCGUGAGCGAGACAAGGGACUCGUUUAGUGAUUCGUUUAGUGAUGAGAGCGAGAGUGAGAAGUUGUCGAGGUGGGAUGGGUGCUCGUCCGAGGAAGGGAUAUGCGAGCAGGAUUUGUGGCAUCAGAAUGAGAGAUUGGGCAAUCUUUACCUUCAGUACUUUGAGAGGUCGUCCCCUUACGGGAGGGUCCCUCUCACGGACAAGAUUAGUAGCUUAGCUCAAAGACACCCGGGAUUAAUGUCGUUAAGAAGUGUAGAUCUUUCACCGGCUAGUUGGAUGGCCGUCGCGUGGUACCCUAUCUAUCACAUUCCCACCGGUAGAACCAUUAGAGACUUGCAAACGUGCUUCCUCACGUACCACACCCUUUCUUCCUCGUUCCAAGACAUGGACUUGGGAGACGACGAUGAGAAUUUGAAGAGGAAAAGGAAGGAAGGGGAAAGCAUCCCUCUCCCUCCAUUUGGUUUGGCAAGUUACAAGAUGCAAGGGGAUGUGUGGCUAUCGGACAAGAACGGCCUCGACCGGGAGAGGAUGGCGUCGCUCUUGAGCGUGGCUGACUCUUGGCUAAAGCAAUUGAGGGUCCAACAUCACGACUUCAACUACUUCAUGGGAAUGCGGCACGGCUAAACACGCCCCCUUACGUCGUCGUCUCUGAAGCACCCCCGCGAGAUAGGCCGUCGUGCAGCAGCAGCAGCUGCGUCGUCGUCGUAGAGCUUUGAUAGGGCUGGCCUUUUUGUUGAUAUUUUAGGACAAGUGAGACUAACGUUGAAGGCUUUUGCUUUUUUUUUUUUUUUUUUGUGUAGUUUUGCAAGAGAUGGCUUUUGAUGAAGCAAAUGUAGGUGAGAGAGAAAGGUGAAACUAGUUUGUAAUGGUGUGUGUUUUUACUCGAUGUAUGUACACUAUAGAAAGGGGUUGUGCUGAUGAACUUUUUUUUUUUUAGUGAAGUUAUAGAAAAACUUGUUUUUGUAUAUGCAAAUUAAUAGAUUAAAUGUUUUUGUUUUUGGGGUGA